CGUUUCCCGAUCCCUGUCAAUUGAAAUAGAAAACCCUAACUCUCCCUUAUAUAAAUACCAUUUCUCCUCAUCGUUAACCCUAGCGCAGCAGCACUUGUCUCUCUCGUCAAGAUCCGUUGGAAGGUGAUAUUCUUGCAAACAAGUUAGCGGCGAUGGCCACCGGUGAGCUCGCUUGCACUUAUGCCGCUCUCAUCCUUCACGACGAGGGAAUUCACGUCACCGCUGAGAAGAUCUCGGCCUUGGUGAAAGCAGCCAACUUGACUGUUGAGUCCUACUGGCCCAGUCUUUUUGCCAAGCUUUGUGAGAAGAAGAACAUUGACGAUCUCAUCAUGAAUGUCGGUUCUGGUGGUGGUGCUGCUCCGGUUGCCGCUGCAGCUCCUGCAGCUGGUGCGGCUGCUGGUGCGGCUGCCGAAUCAGCCCCUGCUGCUGAGGAAAAGAAAAAGGAAGAACCAAAGGAAGAAAGUGAUGAUGACAUGGGGUUCAGUUUGUUCGACUAGGCUGAGGUUCUGUUCCAUAUUUUCAUUUGUGUUUCGAGGAUUUUUGUCUUUGGGGUUUCCGUUCUAAAGAGCAAACCUUAUUUUGUCGACUGUUUCUUGUCUUUUUAAGUUGAAAAGUUUCGCUGUUAGUUUGAAGAAUUGACUUAAUCAUCUCCUUGGAGCUUAUACAUCGUCAUGUUUCAUAAAGUAGUUUUGUGACCAAUCAAAUACACUUGGUUCAUUUCCGUA